ACCGUCCGACCAGCCAGCCAAAAAGAAUUGACCACUUCCUCGUUCCUCUCCCUCAGUUACUUAGUACCUCUUGCUUUUCUCCUUUCUCGACUGCGCCCUGCUCCGGCCGCCUCCGGCCAGGUGCCCAGCCGCCAUGCUCCCCGCCGUACUUCCCUCCGUGCUCCCCGCAGUCCACCUCCAUGAUCCUGCCGUGCCAUGCGCCGCCGCGCUCGUCGGCCGCCUCGCUUACCGCGGCCUAGCCGUUGCCUCCCUUCAUGUGGACCCCCUCCGUCCACCUCGUCGCAGCUGCUCGCCUCGACCGCGCGCACUUGCCACCCCCUCCGCCUCCUCCUCUCCUCGCUCCGCACCACCGUCGCUCGCUGCCUCGGCAGCUGCGCCUCCCUCAAGCGACCGUGUCGGCCACCCUACUUGCUGCUGCCUCCGUUGCCGACCUCUACCCCCACAAGAUCCGGCCCCAUUUCAUGCAUCAUUGAGCCCUCUGCCGCCUGCAAUAAGGAGCUGUUUUCUUGAGGAUUUCUCAGGAUAUGAUCUCAGCCAUCAUUAUUUGAAUUUGCAGAAGCAGGUUCAUUUGAUGCGGAAGGACCAUAUAUAUUAUCUGAAGGCAAUUUUGGAUCAGCCUAAUCGUCUGGAAGACACUGAUAUGAUUUUGGCUCAAGUUACUCUACAAUAUGAACCUGUUCUGGAGUCCAAGAUGCGGGCGUUAUUGGCGCAAGCCGAUUAUGAUGAUGCACUGGAUGGUUUCGCGAAAAAAAAAUCUGCUGAUUGGACUGACGAGGAGAAGAGAAAGGAUCACAAGGCUAUGGCCCAAAUUCAACUUCAUCUGCACAACAAUAUUUUGCAAGAAGUCUUGACUGAGAAGACAGCCGCCACUCUAUGGUUAAAGCUGGAAGAGAUUUGCAUGUCAAAAGAUCUCACGAGUAAAAUGCAUGUGAAGCAAAAGUUAUUUCUCCACCGACUGCAAGAAGGAGGUAAUGUGUUAAAUCACAUUACUGAGUUUAAGGAGAUUAUAUCUGACCUAGCGGCAAUGGAAGUUAAGUAUGAUGAAGAAGAUAUGGGUUUAAUGCUCCUAUGUUCACUGCCAAGUUCAUAUACCAAUUUUAGAGAUACCAUAUUAUACAGCCGUGAUACUCUCACCCUUAAUGAGGUUUAUGAAGCUUUGCACUCCAAGGAGAAGAUGAAGCAUAUGGUGUCUCACGUUGGUUCAAGUUCGUCUCAGGGUGAGGGAUUAUCUGUUCGUGGUAGGACAAAUGAGAGGAGCUCAAAUAAUGGAAAUAGAGGCAAAAGUUCAAACGGCUACAGAGGCCGAUCAAAAUCCAGAGGCAAGUACAAGUCUUGCAAAUAUUGCAAGGAAGAUGGGCAUGAAAUCUCCGAGUGUUACAUGUUGCAGAACAAGGAGAAAAGGAAUGGCAAAUUCAAACAGAAGGAUCAACAAGAGGAUGAUGCCCGAGCCAUCGUUGUUAGCAAACAAGAUUUUGAUGGUGAUGUUCUCGUUGUCGCUACCGGUGAUUCCAAAAUGAGAGAUGUUUGGGUUCUUGAUACGGCAUGUACUUUCCACAUGACUCCGCACGGGGAGUGGUUUGCAACAUAUGAAGUUAUGCCAAAUGGUUCUGUGUUGAUGGGCGAUGAUUCUCCAUGCGAGAUUGCAGGCAUUGGCAUCGUUCAAAUCAAGAUGUUUGAUGGCACUAUCAGAACUUUAUCGGAUGUUCGCCACAUUCCGAAUUUGAAGAAAAAUCUUAUCUCUUUGAGUACUCUUGACAAUAAAGGGUACAAGUAUUCAGGUGGAGAUGAGAUCGUCAAGGUCACAAAAAGUUCUCUUGUUGUGAUGAAAGGUGAUAUGAAGGCUACAAAUCUUUACCACCUUCGAGGUAUGGCAAUUACUGAUAAUGCUAUUGUUGUUUCGCCUAAAUUAUCUGGAUGCUACUAGUCUCUGGCAUAUGCGUCUUGGUCAUAUGAGUGAAACUGGAAUGAUGGAGCUAUGCAAAAAAGGCUUACUUGAUCGUCUCGUCAAUGCAUCGACAAGUUGAAAUUUUGUGAACAUUGUGUCUUCGGCAAGCAAACUAGGGUGAAGUUUGGCAAAGGAACUCACUCUACCAAAGACAUAUUGGAGUACGUUCACUCAGAUUUGUGGGGAGAAUCCCGUGUUUCUUCACUUGGAGGUGCUGGUUAUGUGUUGACCAUCAUUGAUGACUACUCGAGAAUAGUUUGGGCAUAUUUCUUGAAGCACAAAUCGGAUGUUUCCAAUGCAUUUAAGGAGUGGAAGAUUAUGAUUGAAAGACAGACUGACAAGUAUGUCAAGAAGCUACGUACCGAUAAUGGUUUGGAAUUUUGUUUUGGAGAAUUUGAUGCUUUGUGCAAGUCAGAGGGAAUUUUCAGACAUUACACUGUCCCAGGUACCCCUCAACAAAAUGGUAUGGCCGAACGCAUGAAUAGAACCAUCAUGGAGAAGGUACGUUGCAUGUUGUCAAGUUCUGGAUUAUCUAGAAGUUUUUGGGCAGAAGCCGCUUCCAUUGCUUGUCGCUUAAUCAAUCGGUCACCUAACCUUGCUAUUGGAAAGAAAACUCCAAUUGAGUUAUGGUCUGGUUCUCCAGCGGAUUAUUCAGAUUUGAAAAUAUUUGGUUGCCCUGCUUAUGCUCAUGUUAAUAAUGGUAAAUUGGAGCCUAAAGCUGUCAAGUGCAUUUUCCUUGGUUUUAAGCCUAGUGUGAAAGGCUAAAAGCUGUGGAAUCCUGAAACUAGAAAGGUAGUGGUUGGCAAAAGUGUUACUUUUGAUGAAUCUGCUAUGUUACCUGAUAAGUCAUCUACCGAUGUUUCUGCUAUGAAGCCACACGAUACAAGUGUGCAGGUGGAGCAUGUUAUUGAUUCAGCGUCCAUAAAAAAAAUUGAAGAGGAAAAUGUUCAGGAAGCUCCCAAUGUUGUGCUGCCACCACAACGGUCCAUUGCAGCUGAUAGGACUAAAAGAAAUAUUGUUCGACCCAGGAGGUUGAUUGAAGAAUGCAACAUUGUUUCAUAUGCUUUGAGCAUGGCAGAAGAAGUUUGAAGACAAUGCUGAACCUUCAACUUAUUCAGAAGUUGUUACUUCUGUUAAUUCAAAUAAGUUUUGAGCUUUGCUCAUACUUAAUUGGUAUUACUCACUAGUUCUAUGGACUUUGACGCACAAGGUGUUUAUGCUCAUUUGUUUGGAGGUGUUUACUUUCUUCGACUACUGGAGGGGAUUCGACUCAAGGUGGAGAUUGUUGAAAAAUGAUCCGAAUCCGUUACCAACUCUUUCUAGACUGUAACAUCCCAAUUUUCAAAACCCUUCAUAUGCAUUGCAUAUCAUAAGCAUCAUGUCACUCUUGCAUUUGAUCACUUUCAAAACCCUAAAGUUUGCCCAGAAAACCCUUUUUCAA